GACAAAGAGAUCAAGAUCCUUGCAGAAUAUCUGUAUCAGCUGGAGACUGGAGAAUCAAAGGUCCAGAAGACAGAGGAAUUGAUUUGUGAGUGGCGGAAGUUCAAGUACAGCAUCUUAAAACUCAACAGUGAAAUGCCAGCAAAUGUCGGUAAGCCACCAAAGAACAAGGAACUGACAUCCCAAACACCUACAGAUUGGCUUUUACAUCACAUGCUUUCCAAUCAAUCGACUUACAGUCAUAUUGCGCCAGAGCUUCUUUGUCUUGCUAAAGUGUGCAUGUCUCAGCCCGUAAGCACACCUGGCCGGAGCGUGGGACAUCAGCAGUCAAACGACUGAAAACAAGGCUGAGAAGCUCUCUGAAAGGUGAUAUGUUGGAAUAACUAAUGCACAUUACAAUCAAUGGGCCAGAAGUACAGGAGUGUGAAAGCCUAGUCAAGAAAGCAGUGAAAAAGUGGCAUGUGAAAGCUCGAAGAAAAAUUGCUAAAUCAAUCCCUGCAAGUGCCACUUCCAGUAACUGCCCAACAACUUCUAAUGCUGCUGUCCAAGUUGAUAUGCUGCCACCACUGGCACUAGAUGUUCCAGAACAAGUGAAUGCCAUGGGAGAUGGGAUUGGAGUUGAAAAUUUGGAGAAAGAAGUUAAUUCAGUAAUCAGCGCUCUUAAACUUCUCGAUAUCUCGGAUAUGGAUGACUCUCACUCUGACUAUGACUCAGACUUUGAGUCAGAUUCAGACUGA